AUGCUGACUCCAACGGAUAAAAUGGUAAGACGCUUGCAAGCGACGCGGUCUGAUGCCAUCGUCGAUAGUAACAGAAGCCAUUCUUUUUUCCAUCGUCUAAGUACGUAUAUUACUGGUCCACCUAUACGUUCAAAAUCUUUUAUCUUUUCUGACCGUAUCAGUUCAGGUCUUGAAUGGCCCUCACUUUUGACGUUACAUGAUUUAGCAAGUAACGAAAUAUGCGGCAACACCUGUGGUGGACGACAGAGAACAUUCUCUAACCAUCGAAGGCGAUGCUUUGCGAUAAUAUUAUUGAUGCAAGUAGUAUUUGAACGUGGAUGGUGGAUGCGAUCAUGUGAUACUUUAUCUGCUCGACGCGUAAAAUUAUCUUUCCUUAGACAACAAUGGUCAAAGCAGAUAAUUUCUUAA